AGCAGCCCCUGAUGGCUCAAUAAACGCGACCUCACGUGCGGUGUGCUGCCGCGUGGGUGUCGCUACCUUCCAGUUCCUUUUGAGGUUCUCACGUUCCAGUCCACCCCUUCUGGUAACCGACGAAACAUGCGACGAGGAGUGCUCCUCGUUUUCCUGGGCCUUCAUGCAGAUGCCUUGAACAUUACCAGGCGCUGGGGCAACGACGCAGCCCUGCGGGCGUGCUUCGGCGAGAACUACAAGAGAGCAAGCUCGAUUCAGCAUUGCUUUCAGGAGCAUGACACGCACAACACGUGUUGCAUGAUGGACAAGAAGACCAGAGACGCCAACGAUGCUGCAGGCAACCCCAUUGGGCAAGCUUCACUGGAAGCUGCCCGACAGAUUGCAGGGAAGAGUUCUGAGGAGAUGCCGGACAGCGAUGAGUUACUGACGCCCUGGUGUACUUGCUUCGGGUCCCAGGCGCUCCCCUGCCGAUCCGGAAGAGCCUGUCAGGUUUGCUCACACUACGCACAGAGCACGAGCACCAAAGUGAAGUUCGUGAACGACUGCGGCUGUGCCUCCGGGACCCCGGGCAAGGGCUUCUGCAUGUCGAGCAUCUCCAGUUCCGCGAUCUCCGGCUGCGAAGGCUGGGCUCGCGAACAGAUGCAGAUGCCAGGCCAUGCCACUCCAGGCGUCUCCAAACCGAAGGACGGCGACAACAACUGUCCGGCGCUUCAAGGGAAAGCGGAGGUGGACAUCAGUAGCUGCUGAAGGCGCUUCGGCGAACGUCGGCAAGAUCGUGCAGUGAGUGGAAAGAACCGUCGCGCCGAUCGGUGCUGCGAACGUAAACGCUGGCAGGUCAUGUUUUGAGACGAGGAAGAGUAGUCAAC